GUAAAUGUUCCAUUUUCACAGAAAGACCUGCUUUAGGAUUGGGCAGGAGUAAUAUUUAGUUCAAGAAGAUGAAGGAACAGAAUUCAAAUCAAGUGAUGCUUGAUUUCACAGUACUCUGUCAAGAAGAUUUGGGGCCACUAUGUCAAAAUUGGUUUGAAGAACUAACUUUGUCAGCAUGUUCUGGCCAGUUUAAACAGCAUGGAGGUGACGUCCAUCCUGCUACACCUGGUUACAACAAUGAUUACUUCAAAACACCGUGGCAGAAGCAAACUUUGCAUAGCCAGCUAGAUUGCACUCCAUCGAUCUUCAGUGGUUUCCCUUUGAUAACUCCUUCAGUAUGUACACCCAAUCACAAGAAUGAACAAAGUAGGAUGAUAACAGAAAAGAGUUUUUCUGCUUUGGUGCAAGGAACUGUCCCUCCAUGCAAAGGAAACCAUCAUAAAACCCCAAAUCUUGUCCUUGAUGUUUCUUUAAUGAAAAGCCCUGCCAUCUUGAAAAGUGCUUGCAGGACUCCACAGCUCAUCCAGGCUAUUCAAGACGAUGGAGGUUCAUUUCUCAGUCCUCCAGUGUCAACUAAGGUCAUCUCGGAACAGAUUUUGGAAAGCCUUGGAGCCGAGGUGGAUCCAGACAUGUCUUGGACUAGUUCAUUAGCAACUCCUCCAUCGUUAACUCCAACAGUUAUUAUAUGUAAAGCCAAAGAAAUUGAUUUUCAACAAGACAAGGCUAAGGAAAUACAAGUGCCUCAGCUAUUGCACAGUAACUUAAAUAUACAGCACGAUGCAUUUGCUUUUGGACAACGUACACUGCCUGUAAUUGGGGAGACGGAAAAUGAAGAAAUUGAAGGGGUUGAUCAAAGUUAUAAACCUGAAGAUGGACCGCAUAACUUGGUUAAUGAGAGCAGAAACUAUAGAGAUGGAAAGCAGAAUGUGCCUAAUGAAGUUGUACCUUUCACUGAGUGUACAUCUUUGGAACUACGAGGAGCAAAACCCAAUGAUGUAAAGACAAAGAACAAAGUAGAAGUGAAUAAUUUGAAGAUAGACGGUGUCAAAUCCUUGCCCUCUAAAACAUCUGAAUAUUAUAUUUCGCAGAGCAUUGCAGCUGAUUCAGACAUUCAUAUAGUUUCUAAUACUUUAGCUGUUAAUUCUGGUAAAGACUGCAAUAUGAAAGGAGUUUUCCUGAAUAGCGGUAUGUCUGUCGAUCAAAACGUGCAUGACAGAAGCUCAGAGGAGUUAUCAGACUGCAAUAUAUCUUCAUUGUCUGACUGGUCACAGCUAAAUCUCUCUGAACUCAAUGAAAGCCAGAUGAUUAAUAGAGGCUUUCACAAUGUAGAUCCUUCUACAAAUGCAUUGUGUUUGAGUAACACAGGGAAUACAGUAUUUGUUUCAAAUGAAAAUGUUGGUCACCAGCAACUAGAGAACAUGUUGGGAAAAGAUCUGAAUAAAGGAUCCAGUUGCAUCUCAAGUGAAGACAUCAGUUCAGUAGCAUGUUCAGAGCCUUGUUCUUCAGCAUGUAAAAUAACAGAGAAUCAGUUUAAUUAUUGUAAAGUUGCUGAAGAUUUUAAAACCAUUGAUAAAAGCAUUAAUAAUUCUAAAUCAGAAGCAAAAUUCAGUUCUCCUAAUUGUACUUGUGAUAGAUUUCCACUGUUGAAACUAGCUGGUGUUGAAAUUCCUUGCAGAAAUUGUUUACUAAUUAGUGAUUCAUUGCAAAUGCAUCUAUCUGCUGAGCGUAAAAUUGGUUCAGAUUCAGAAAAUGUAGCGCUUGGAUCAUUUGCCUCUCGCAAGAUGGAAAGAAAACAGGCAGAAGUCGAUGAUCUUGCAAGUGAAAUAUGCAAAAUAAAGCCAUUGGCUACUUUGAAAGAUCACAAAGCUAGUUUAACGGAUUCUGUAAAUGAUGAUGACAAAUCCAAUCAGCCUAUAGCUUCUAGAAGUACCUCACUGGUUCUGGAUUCAACAAAGGUUCAAGGAGCUGGAGAAGAACAUAGUUUCUUGCUUUCUACCCUAAAGGGACAUUCACGGAAAUUCCUAUACUCUGUUCAAGAUUCUUUAAAACUACAUGACAAGAAGAACACCUCUUUGGGCACUGAUUUACAAACUAUACCAGAGGUUUUACCUUUGGCAUCAAAGUUUUCAUGCACAUCACCAGCCAAAAAAUCUGAAAACCAUCAAAAGUCUGGAUCAGUUACUUGUGGGAAAAAUGAAGAUAGUGCCCCGCUAGAAAGUGUUUCAUGCAUCGAUAUCUGUGUUGAAGCCAGCGACAAAUGCAACAUUGAAGCAAACGAAAGUCUACAAGAUGGCCAUCAGCUUUUUGAGAAAUAUGGCAAAGUACAAGACAUAGCACUGCUGCAGCAUCUUAAAGAUGAAACUGUUGAUAAACUAUCACGUGCUGUUAAUAAUGACAGGAGUUGGGAUAAUUUUGUGACACCGUUGCACAGAAGACAUUCUCAUAACAACAAGAAACGUAGAAUCUUCGCCACUGCUCGUCGCACAGUGGCUAAAAGGUUAACCAUGGAAUCUAAAACAGUGCCUACUAAUAGUGUUGAUGUACAGACUGUCGGUACAGAGGAGAGUUGUGCACCUGCAGUUAAUUCCGUUCAACCAGAGAAGACCAACAUUUCUGAAAGUACUCUUAUACAGAAUACUGGGAGAUCAUUUGGACUAACAUCCUUAACUGAUACAAAUCAAAGUCCAGUCCAUCAUAAAGGCAGUGAAACAAAAUGUGAAGACCACACACAUUAUCUCAGCCAACAUGAUAGUACUUGCACUGCACAAGUUUCUACCCAAUUAUCAACCAGUGUAGUAGCCUGCACUUCACUUGUAAUUCAGGCAGUUUCAUCUCACUCUUCCUGUGUCUCUCAUGUUUUGCAUAAAACAGAGCAGCAUUGCCUUCAUUCUGAAAACACUAAGAGAACUUUGAAGACUAAGACUAGUCUGUCUGAACUUCAACAAAAAAAAACAAAUAUAGAGAUACUAUCGAUUUGUUCGAGUUCAGGGAAACGCUUAGAGGAAAGUCUUACUACGAAAAAGGGAUUGUCAAAUAUAGAUCAAAGAUCUGGUUUGCAUAAUUUAUCAGGAGAUGAAAAGAGAAUAUUUUCUGAUAAUACAAAUAUUCACAAUCAUAAUAGAAAAAUCGCAGUGUUGGCAUCCACCUUGAAGGCGAGAAAAUUGAAACCUGACAUUGUCAGUGAUGCAUUCUUGGUUUUUUCAACUGUAUUGCCUGAAUAUAAAAUAGAAUAUAAGGAAAAUGCUUGUACAACAGUUGAAAGAACACCAUGCGACUUGCCCAGCUCCAUUUCAUCUGGCCAUGAAAUGACUGGGGCAAAAUCCAAAUUAACAGAGAACUUACACACUGAAACAAGAGCAGACCUUUCUGCAUCUGAAACCAAAACAGAAUUGUUUGAGCUAUCUGAAGUAAUCCAACCAUCACACAACAUUGAACCGUACAAAGGAGAGAUCACGGAUAAAAUAGAAUUAGAAUAUGAGAAUCCAGGAGUUGAAUUAAGUUCUGUGAUGAUAAAUGAAACUUGCACAGUUUUGGAAAACACCAAAAAUCUGAUAUCGGAAGUUUCUGAAUCUUAUAAAUGUGGACCUUGUGGUGGAGAUUUUAAAAGUACUGAACUGUGUAUAGAUUUGCUUACACAAAACUCACAAGAGAAGUUACUGCAAAAAUUUGAAGACAAUUCAGGAGCAAAUUCGGCACAGGCCCACGAAUUUGUCAUUUCAAAAAACAUAUUUGAGAAUCAAAAAGGUAAUUGCCCUGUCUUCUCAACGGAAGCAGAGAUUAAAACAAAAUAUUCUGAACCCCAAAUUUCCACAGAAAUUGAUAAACAGCCAUCAGUUUGCUUUGCAAAAACGCACACUUUUGAUACUUCAGAAACCGUAUUUGAGAAAAAGUCGCUGAGUGAGUACACGUCUUUGACAGCUAGUCAAACCGAAGAUGUGAACAAAUUGUUUCGUAUUUUGGAGGAUACAAAUAGCCAAUUUGAAUUUACACCGUUUGGAAAACAGCCUGCUGCCAGUGAAGUGAACAAGGAUAACGACCUGCUUAACAAGCAAUUAUAUUGCACUCUUCCUUCUGCUGUUUCGGAUAAGUGGCAGGAUGUCAAUUUUGAUGCACGGUUCGACGUUGAGUCUUCAAUGAUGCUGAAUAGUAAUCCUCGCAACUUGCAACAACUAGCAGAGUUAUCAAAAAUGCAGACUAAUUCUGCAAUCUAUCUGCAGAAUGCAAUAGAAGUAGACCAAACCACACCAAAUGAACCCAUUGGUUCCCUUGGCUUUCGCAAUAAAAACAAAGGAAUAGCAGCAUUUACAGUGCCAGAUUUGUGCACAGAUUCCACAGUACUUGCCUCUAACACUGUUAAAAUGCAUACAGAUACAAUGCAUAAUAAGGUAAUUCCACCUCAGAAAGAUGCAGUGAGUUUUUGUACAGCAAGUGGGAGUAAAAUAAAGUUCUCUGAUGAGGGUUUGCAAAGAGCUAAAAAUAUUUUCAAGGACAUCGGCAAUGAUAUUGAUCAAAUUAGUGAUCAUGCGCUUUCAAUGAAUGCUUUGAGUUACUCUGUUAUUGGGUCUAAAAAGAUAAGUGAACCUAAAUUAAGUGAUACCGAGAUUUUGAAAAGCAGUGAGUCAUACCUGCUGCAUCCAGCUCACUUCAAUUUAAACAGCAAAACUAAUUUGGAUAACGUUUUGCAAAAUGAGAGAACAAUUGUGUAUAAUGAUAGAAAAGAUGAGACCAGUGCUGUCACCAUAUCGGAAGAAGGUAAAGCAAUAUAUUUAUCCACUGAGCAAGAUGUACAACGGUCUGAUAGUGUAGAUGUUGUGCAACUUGAUACAAUGACAACUCGAGCUGAUAAAAAUAACCUAUAUAAUUCUGACUGCAGUAGUACAAAACACGAUGGGAAGGUGGAAUUUGGCAGCAGGAUGGAAGUAUCAGAUGAUGACUUAUUGUCUAGCACUUUUGUAAGCCUAACAAAAUCUUCAGAAGAAGCAAUAAAUGCUAAAGGGAGUAAUGACACCACAUGUUUCCACAUUGCAAGUGGCAAAGACAUCACCGUCUCCAAAAAAGACCUGAAUGUAUCAGCAGGCUUGCGUGAGACCAAAGAUAGCUACACAGAAAAUUUGCAAGAUACAGGAACAGCAAGAAGUACAUCUCAACAACUUGAUAUGCAGAUGAAUACUUCUGCUGCAUUUGUCGUUCCAAAUGGGAAAAAUUCUGAAUCCUGUAUUGCACUUAGAAAUAAAGAAGUAAUUGCAAUUAAUUCAUCCUUUGGUGCAAUUGAGACUGGAAUUAAAGGAUUCCAAACUGCUAAUGGUAAGAUGGUUACUGUCUGCAAAGCUUCUCUUGAUAAAGCCACAGCUCUAUUUGCUGAGAAGGAUCUUUCAAAUGAAACAAAACAUAAUAUUUCAUCAGAAUCUCUUGAACCAAAUAUAAGCAACACAUUAAUUCAGAAGGCUAUAAAAAAUGGAAAAAUGAAACAUUUGAAGAAAAACCACAGUCAUGUGAAUUCUAAAAAUAACAGCAGGAUGCAUGAUUCUUCCAUUCAAAGUCAUCGUGAGUUUGAGGAAUUGAAUACUGGCAUAGAAAUGAAAAGCUUCCAAAUGGCUAGUGGUAAACAAAUCAGUGUGUCAAAUAUGGCUUUAGAUAAAGGAAGAGCUUUGUUCUUCGAUGAUGAUUAUAAUGGAUUUAGCUUUCAACCGAGUUUAAUAUCACCUGAAACAUUAAAAAAUGCACCUUCUGAAGAUAGUACUCUAAAUUACAAUGCACUAGUGGCUAAUCCUCCACGUAGGUUAGAAACGAUUAAUCAAGAUAGUAGUCUUCCAUCCAAACAAUAUUUGGCGCACUGUGCUGCAAAUGGUAGCAGUAUAUAUGUAAGUGAAGCAAACUUGAAGUACACAGAAGAGAAAUUUACAGAGGAUAAACCUGGAGAAAGCAAUGUUUCAGUUUUGAAUCCUUCCUUUGAUAAUAAUCAAGGUAAUUAUGCUGAUGGCGUUACUGUGACUGAGCUCCCUAAACAUUUUUUAAAUACUGGACCUAUUGCCUUCAGCACAGCUAGUGGGAAGCCUGUUCAAGUUUCAGAAGAAUCUCUAAAGAAAUGCAAGCAAAUGUUUUCAGAUGUAGUCAGUGAGGAGGCAUCGGAGAUGAUCAUUGAUAAAGAUGUGAAAUCCAAGGAGAAAAGACAUUCUGAAAAAAACCGGCAAUUGGAUAGCUCGAUUUCAAAGGCAUCCCUUGGUUUCAACACGGCAAGUGGGAAGCCAGUUUUAGUUUCUCAUGAUGCUCUUCAGAAAGUUAAAUGCAUGCUAAAAGAAUUUGAAAGCAGCCCAAAGUGUACAAGAACUACACCUUUUGAAAAAGCUCAGCCGUUACAACUAUUACCCACUUCUUCUCUGUUCUCUGACACUCCUAUGGGCGGUGAACAAAGCGAAGAAGGUUCAGAGUUAAUUCACAGAAAAUCGGGCAACAGUACAGGGAGCAUUUCAAAUGUGCAAAAUCUUGUCCUGGUAGAAUCAAGCAAAAGGAAAAUAAAUGAAUUUGCAAGUAAUAGGCCUAAAAUAAAUUCAUCAGCAUCUUGUUCAAAUACUUGUAUUCUCAUGUCAGGAUUUCAAACAGCUACGGGCAAGGAAGUGACGGUAGAAGAAAGCAGUCUAACGAUGGCACGAGUACAAUUGGCUUCAAAUAAAACUGAUAAGCUGGAUCACUCUACUGAGAAAUCUAAUAUCCUCACAGAAGCAAGAAGUAAAUCAAAUUGUAACGUGAGCCAUGCCUCAGUGCCUAUUGCCCAUGCAUUGAAAAAUAAUUAUAUCACAAAUCCUGAAAUAUCAGAAAAAAAAUUCGAAAAAUGGACUAUGAAAGAUUCAAAGGCAACAGUGGACCAUGAUGAAGGUUUUGAUUAUAAGCCAAACAAAGCAUUGAGAUGCAGCCACGCUUUCACAGAUCAAACCAUUGGACCAGAUUUAAGAACUGGGAAGAGACCGAGUUCAGAAGUAAAAUUCACAACAGAAGAGCCUCCAUCAAAACGACGGCUUUUAUCUGAAUUUGACAGAACUUUACAGAGUGACCACAAAUCUACUUUCAAACCCUUAAAAUGUAACCCCGAAGGAGCAUUUUGUGACCGAAGGAAAUUCAUGUACAAUAUCCCACUGAAGCCUGUGACUUCUGCUCCAUCAAAGGACAAAAGUCUUUCAAGCAGUACUCAUCAGCAAAUGAUUUCGCCGAAUGUUACAAUCCCUGUCCAUGAAAAUUCAGUUCGACAAGAUCUAUAUCAUCAUGACAUUAAGCAAACGAAAAAACAAGUGGCAGUGUUCAAACCUCCAUUCCACAGUGACUCUGGUGGUCACAGGCAGCUAAAGAAAAGCAGACAGGGUACACCAAAGUCAGGAAAAACAUUCUUACCUCCAUUUAAAACUGAUCCAAAUUAUAAUCAAAUGGAAAAGCAAUUGAAUACGGAGGCGGUAAUUUCUCCAGUGCAAAAUGAAAGUGAAUAUAGUACUGAAGCCAAUAACCGCAGUGGACCUAUCAAAGAUGGUUGUCCAUUGAAAGGUGAUACAAUAGCCGCAAGUGAAGAUAAAAUCCAGUCAAUAUCUGGUACUUCAGAUGAAUGUAAAGCCAGCGAUGAAGAAUUUUCAAGGAUUGUUCAAACAUGGCAUUUCGCAAGGAACCUGCAGGAAAUGAGAUUAAUGAAGAAGAAAAAACAAACUAUUCAUCCACAACCAGGCAGCUUGUACAGAUCUAAAAACUGCACUUCAAAAUUCUCUCUGCAUACAGCAGUUGAAGGAAAAGCUCCAAGAUAUUUUACAGAAGAAAAGUUGUACAGUUAUGGAGUCAGCAGAAGUACUCUCUGUGUACAAGCAAAAAAUGCAGAGUCGUUCCAGAUCAACAUUCAAGAAUUUUUCUCUGAGGAGCUAUUAAAUGCUAGCAAUGGCCUGCCGCUUGCAGAUGGGGGGUGUCUUAUUCCAGAUGACAAUGGGAUGGCAGGAAAAUCUGAAUUUUACAGAGCUCUUUUAGAUACUCCUGGUGUAGAUUCCAGCCUAAUCGGUGAAGUUUGGGCCUAUAACCAUUAUAGGUGGUUAGUAUGGAAGCUUGCUGCAAUGGAGGUUGCAUUCCCCAAACAGUUCGGUGGCAGGUGCCUAACACCAGAAAGAAUACUUCUGCAACUUAAAUACAGAUAUGAUGUGGAGAUUGAUCAGAGUCGUCGAUCUGCCUUAAAAAGAAUUAUGGAGCGAGAUGACGUAGCAGCAAAAACACUUGUUCUUUGCAUUUCUAAAAUAAUAUCACUGGGUUCAAGAUCAACCCAAAAUAAGCAAAACUCCAGUGAUGCAUUUAAAGAACCCAAAACUCCAAUUGAAAAAGGUGACAUGAAAACAAAAAGUGAUAUGUCAUUUGGAGUUAUUGAAGUCACUGAUGGAUGGUAUGGAAUUAAGGCUCUUCUGGAUUCUCCACUCACUGCAUUAUUACAAAAAAGAAGACUUGUAGUUGGUCAAAAGAUUAUUGUGCAUGGGGCAGAAUUAGUAGGCUCACAGGAUCCAUGUUCCCCUCUAGAAGCUCCAGAAUCACUCAUGAUGAAGAUUUCGGCCAACAGUACAAGACCUGCUCGGUGGUAUACGAAGCUAGGAUAUCACUGCGACCCUCGACCUUUUCCAUUGCCUCUAUCCUCUCUUUUUGGUGAAGGUGGAAUGGUUGGAUGUGUUGAUAUAAUCGUUGUAAGGACUUAUCCUAUACAGUGGAUGGAGAAGAGUGCCAGUGGAAUGCAUGUGUUCAGGAAUGAACGAGCGGAAGAACGAGAGGCUCACACACACUAUGAGAAUCAGCAAAGGAAGCUGGAGGAGGUGUAUGACAAAAUAAAAACUGAGCUGCUGGACCAGCGGAGAGUUGACAAGAAGGAAAAAAGAGAACAUAAAAUGCAGCGAUUAAGUGAACAACAAAUCAUGAUGCUUCAGGAUGGAAGUGAGUUGUAUGAAGCUGUCCAGAAUUCCUCAGAUCCAUUAUCUAUUGAGGCUUGUUUGAGUGAACAGCAGUUAAAAGUCCUGAAUAAUUACAGACAAUUGUUGAAGGAACACGAAAAGAUGCAGAUUGAGGCUGAAUUAAAAAAAGCAUUAGAGGAUGCUCAAGGUGAUAACAGUUGCAUAAAAAGGAACGUCAGCCCUUUGUGGAAAUUAUGUGUGAUGGACUACAAAUUCCAGGACAGCAGUGCAGUCUACAUGUUAAGUAUCUGGCGCCCAAUUGCAGAAUUACAUUCUCUGCUAAAGGAGGGCGGGAGAUAUUGGAUCUGUUAUCUAUCUGCUACAACGUGCAAGGGGCGACAUAGUCAUGUUGAUCUGCAGUUGACUGCUACAAAGAAAACAAGAUACCAACAGUUGCAGCCUUGUCCUAAAGUAUUACAGCGACUCUACCAGCCGAGGAAAGCAGUAACAUAUGGCAUGCUCUGUGACCCAUCCUUUAGAGCUAUCUGCAAAGAAGUGGACCUGGCAGGAUAUGUGAUCUACAUAUUGGAGAAAGCAGUGGGACCGUCGACUAUUUAUUUGGCUGAUGAAGAUCAGGAUCUAGUAGCUAUAAAAAUUUGGGCCGGUUUCAAACAGCUGGCAGUGGAAGAUAUUAUCAAGCCAGGUGCCUUAGUUGUUAUGAGCAACUUGAAGUGGACGACGGAAAACUACGCUGGUAUUCCGGUACUGUUAACUGGAGAACUGUCCAACUUUUCUGCAAAUCCGAAGGUUGGACAUCUACGGGAAAAGUACAUUCAACUCAAAAGUUCCGUCCAGAAUUUACAGUGUUUCAUCAAGGACACGGAGAAAAAGGUGAAGACUAUUCUUGGAAGAAGUGGUGCUCCAAAGUUAAACAGAGACUCUGGUGACGUGCAUACUCCCAACCAGAAGACACUCCUUGCUCCGCUUGUUUCAUCUAAUGUUAAAAGAAAGCUACAGACACCAACUACAGAAAAUGGAUCCAAGUCUAUGUUGUGCAGUGCAAAGAUCACAUCGGCCGAUUCUGUUACAGAGCUCAAGAAGAAGAGGGUUAAUCUUUUAUCUCGAAUUCCUUCUCCUGUUCCAUUGCCUCAACUUUCCAAUUGUAUUUCACCAUCUGUACGGAAAGAUUUUCGACCACCCAGGAGUUGUGCCACACCACAAAGCGCUGAAGUUGUUCGAACCAGCAGUAAUAACCUUGCUCAGGUAUUAUCUUUGAAAAAGACUGACAUUGUCAAAACAGCUGAUGAUAAUUGGGUUACAGAUGAGGAACUUGCAAUGAUAGAUACUCAAGCACUUCUUGAAGGUAAGGGAGAUGGGCAUGGUGAAAAUGACAAAGAAAAAGUUACAGGGGCACAAAUCAGUUCAAAAGACCAUACCUUAUUACCCAAAAAUGUUAAGAAUUAUCUUGGGACACAGAUUUCCAAAAUGGUUGAAGACAACUGGGUUACAGAUGAAGAACUUGCAAUGAUAAAUACACAAGCACUUUAUGAAGAAUGCGCUCAUGGUAAGGACAGCAGAAAGGUUGAAAAGUCCCAAGUUGUCCAAAUGACAGAAUUUACCUAAAUGCUACAAACUGCUAAUUAUUUUAAUAAUGACCUUGGAAGCAAAGUUUCCAAAGUGGUUGAGCUUGCAAAUGUCAAUUGUGCAAGUUCUAGGUGUGAGUGUUGCAUAAAACAAGGGAAAGGCACAAAUUGUGGGUUCUAAUAAUCCUGCCCUUUUGAAACAAACAUUUGUCUUGAAACUGAACUUGAAACAGUUAGUGCUUCACCAGAUAAAAGCCCAUCUGUUGGAUCAAAAGAAGACAAAUGUAAAGCUAAUACAACGCAUUCAAGUAAAGUUAUCAGCCAGUCGGAAAGUGAUGAAAUACCAGCAAGCAAUAGUAAUAUUGAAGUAUAAGUAUAUAGAUAUUUAUAACAAAUGGGAUUAUCAUUAAAAGAAAACCUAAGGAAAUAAUUGAUGUUGUACUGUUUACAUUGCACUUGGACAGACACUUGUUCAGAGGGUGAUUAUUUGGAUAUAAGUUUAAUCCAUGCAUUGUUGCUGCUCGCAAUUAAUAUGUUUAGAAAUGUUGUAAAUUGAGUUAUUUGUCAAUGUAAGAAUGACCACGGUUAAAUAAACUUAAUAUAUAUAUAUUC